CUUCCCCGCCUCCCUCCCUCCUCGCCGAGCGCAGCGCCCCGAGCAUGGAGCCUGCCUGAGACGCUCCGCGGGCUCCGGCAGCUGCUGCGGCGGCACAACAUGGAGGCGGCGGCGGCCCCGCCGCUCCCGCUGCUGCUGCUGCUGCGGCUCCUGGCCGCCUCGGUGCUGCGGUGCGGGCCGGGCUCGGCCGGGGCAUCUCCCUUUCUGCUUUUUGCCAACCGGCGGGAUGUUCGACUUGUGGAUGCUGGAGGCACAAAGCUGGAGUCCACUGUGGUGGUCAGUGGUUUAGAGGAUGCUGCUGCGGUUGACUUCCAGUAUUCGCAAGGCAUCGUUUUCUGGACAGAUGUGAGUGAAGAAGCCAUCAAGCAAACUUACAUUAACCAAACUGGGAAUGUGGUGCAGAAUGUCAUCAUUUCUGGUCUGGUUUCCCCGGAUGGCCUGGCAUGUGAUUGGAUUGGGAAAAAACUUUACUGGACGGAUUCAGAAACCAAUAGGAUAGAAGUAGCUAAUCUCAAUGGAACAUCUAGAAAAGUCCUCUUCUGGCAAGACCUUGAUCAGCCCAGGGCAAUAGCUUUGGAUCCUGCUCAUGGAUACAUGUAUUGGACUGACUGGGGUGAAACACCUAGAAUAGAACGGGCAGGAAUGGACAGCAGCACGCGAAAAAUAAUUGUCGAUUCAGAUAUUUAUUGGCCAAAUGGACUCACGAUAGAUCUUGAUGAGCAGAAACUUUAUUGGGCUGAUGCAAAACUGAGUUUCAUUCAUAGGGCAAAUCUGGAUGGUUCCUUUAGGCAAAAGGUUGUUGAAGGUAGUCUUACUCAUCCCUUUGCACUGACAUUGUCUGGAGACACUUUGUAUUGGACAGACUGGCAAACGCGCUCCAUUCAUGCCUGUAACAAAAGGACAGGAGAGAAAAGGAGAGAAAUAUUGUCCGCCCUAUAUUCACCGAUGGACAUCCAGGUCUUAAGUCCAGACCGGCAGCCAUACUUUCACACUCCAUGUGAAGAAAACAACGGUGGUUGCUCCCAUCUGUGCCUGCUGUCUCCAAGAGACCCCUUCUACAGCUGUGCCUGUCCCACUGGUGUGCAGCUAGAAGACGAUGGCAGGACAUGCAAAUCAGGUGCUGAAGAAGUCUUGCUGCUUGCUAGAAGGACUGACUUGAGGAGGAUUUCCCUGGACAUGCCAGAUUUCACUGACAUUAUUCUGCAGAUAGACAAUAUCAGACAUGCAAUUGCCAUAGACUACGAUCCCGUGGAAGGCUACAUCUACUGGACUGAUGAUGAUGUCCGGGCAAUUCGUCGAGCCUACCUUGAUGGCUCUGGAGCACAGACUCUGGUAACCACAGAAAUCAACCAUCCAGAUGGUAUUGCUGUGGAUUGGGUAGCGAGGAACCUGUACUGGACUGAUACUGGAACAGACCGCAUUGAAGUGACCCGGUUGAAUGGGACAUCAAGAAAGAUCCUUAUCUCAGAAAACCUAGAUGAACCUCGAGCAAUAGUGCUCAAUCCUGUAAUGGGCUACAUGUAUUGGACAGACUGGGGUGAAAGUCCGAAGAUAGAAUGUGCUUAUUUGGACGGCUCAGAAAGGCGAGUUCUGGUGAAUACGUCCCUAGGUUGGCCUAAUGGCUUGGCACUGGAUCUUGAAAAAGACAAGCUUUACUGGGGAGAUGCAAAAACAGAUAAAAUUGAGGUCAUAAAUGUUGAUGGAACAAUGAGGAAAACCCUCCUAGAAGAUAAGCUUCCACAUAUAUUUGGGUUCACGCUGCUGGGAGAUUACAUCUACUGGACUGACUGGCAGAGACGAAGCAUUGAAAGAGUUCAUAAGAUAAAGGCUAGCAGAGACAUCAUUAUUGAUCAGCUUCCAGAUUUAAUGGGCCUUAAAGCAACAAGUGUUACCAAAGUGUUUGGAACUAAUUCAUGUGCAGAGAACAACGGAGGUUGCAGCCAUCUGUGUUUCUUUACACCCCAGGAGACGAGGUGUGCCUGUCCCAUUGGCCUUGAGCUGCUGAGUGACAUGAAGACUUGCAUCAUUCCUGAAGCCUUCUUAGUUUUCACAAGCAGAGCAGCAAUUCAUAGGAUUUCCCUUGAAACCAAUAAUAAUGAUGUUGCUAUUCCUCUUACUGGAGUCAAGGAAGCAUCUGCUCUGGAUUUUGAUGUCUCUGAUAACAGAAUCUAUUGGACUGAUGUUAGUUUGAAGACCAUAAGCCGAGCUUUCAUGAAUGGGAGCUCUGUUGAACAUGUGAUUGAGUUUGGGCUAGAUUAUCCUGAGGGAAUGGCUGUAGACUGGAUGGGAAAGAACCUCUACUGGGCAGAUACUGGAACCAAUCGCAUUGAAGUAGCCCGCCUGGAUGGACAGUAUAGGCAGGUGCUUGUGUGGAAGGACUUGGACAACCCAAGGUCUCUGGCUCUUGAUCCUACCAAAGGAUACAUGUAUUGGACUGAAUGGGGAGGUAAACCUAGGAUUGUUCGAGCGUAUAUGGACGGAACAAACAGCAUCACUUUGGUGGAUAAAGUGGGUCGUGCCAAUGACCUCACUAUUGAUUAUGCAGACCAAAGGCUAUAUUGGACUGACUUAGACACAAGCAUGAUUGAGUCAUCAAAUAUGCUAGGACAAGAACGAGAAAUCAUAGCAGAUGAUCUACCUCAUCCAUUUGGAUUAACCCAAUACAGUGACUACAUCUACUGGACAGACUGGAAUCUUCACAGUAUAGAAAGAGCAGACAAGACCAGUGGGAAGAACAGGACACUUAUUCAGGGCCAUCUGGAUUUUGUGAUGGAUAUAUUGGUCUUCCAUUCUUCACGUCAGGAUGGCUUGAAUGAUUGUGUGCAAAAUAAUGGCCAUUGUGGUCACUUGUGCCUUGCCAUACCAAAUGGAUUUAGGUGUGGCUGUGCUGCUCAUUAUACCUUGGAUCCCAACAGCAGGAACUGUAGUUCCCCUGCCAGCUUCCUGUUGUUUAGCCAGAAGUCUGCAAUCAGCCGGAUGAUACCAGAUGAUCAGCAGAGUCCAGAUAUCAUCUUGCCUAUGCAUGGUCUAAGGAAUGUCAAGGCUAUUGAUUAUGAUCCCUUAGAUAAAUUGAUCUACUGGGUGGAUGGACGUCAGAAUAUUAUAAAAAGAGCCAAAGAUGAUGGCACUCAGCCUUUCACUGUCAUGAGUACUCCAAACCAAAGCCAGAACCCAGAGAAGCAGCCACAUGACCUCAGCAUUGAUAUAUACAGCCAUACCUUGUACUGGACCUGUGAGGCCACAAAUUCAGUCAAUGUCCACAGGCUGAACGGCGAGUCAAUUGGGAUGGUGCUGCGAGGGGAUCAUGACAAGCCGAGAGCCAUUGUAGUGAACGCAGAGCGAGGGUACAUGUACUUCACCAACAUGCAAGACCGAGCUCCCAAGAUUGAGCGUGCAGCCCUUGAUGGCACAGAGAGAGAAGUGCUUUUUACAACGGGGUUGAUCCGACCAGUAGCACUGGUGAUUGACAACAAACUUGGGAAGCUUUUCUGGGUGGAUGCAGAUCUGAAGCGCAUCGAAAGCUGUGACUUGUCAGGUGCUAACCGUGUGACCCUGGAGGACUCCAACAUCCUUCAGCCAAUGGGACUCACUGUGCUGGGGAAUCACUUGUAUUGGAUUGAUCGUCAGCAGCAGAUGAUUGAAAGAGUGGAGAAAAUGAAUGGGUACAAAAGGACUAGAAUUCAAGGCCGAAUUGCUCACCUGACAGGCAUUCAUGCUGUGGAAGAGCUUGAUAUGGAGGAAUUUUCUGUCCAUCCAUGCUCCCGUGACAAUGGUGGGUGUUCACACAUAUGCAUUGCCAAAGGGGAUGGGACUCCAAGAUGUUCAUGCCCCGAGCACCUUGUGCUUCUACAGAAUCUCUUAACAUGUGGAGAACCUCCAACUUGUUCCCCAGACCAGUUUACCUGUGCAACUGGAGAGAUUGACUGUAUCCCAAUGGCAUGGCGGUGUGAUGGAUUUCCAGAGUGUGAUGACCAGAGUGAUGAAGAUAGUUGUCCCAUAUGCUCUGCAUCCCAGUUCCAGUGUGAGAAAGGACAGUGUAUCGAUGCACACUUGCGGUGUAAUGGAGAAAUUGACUGCCAAGAUAAAUCUGAUGAAAUGGACUGUGAUACAAUUUGUCUACCCAAUCAGUUCCGAUGUGCAAGUGGCCAGUGCAUCCUCCUGAAGCAACAGUGUGACUCCUUUCCAGAUUGCAUUGACGGUUCUGAUGAGCUUAUGUGUGAAAAAACAAAGCCAGCCUCAGAUGAGUCACAGCCACACAGUAGUGCCAUCGGUCCUGUCAUUGGUAUAAUACUGUCACUUUUUGUCAUGGGAGGAAUGUACUUUGUUUGCCAGCGAGUCGUGUGUCAGCGCUAUGCUGGGCCAAAUAGUCCUUUUCCACAUGAGUAUGUCAGUGGCACGCCUCACGUCCCUCUUAAUUUUAUUGCUCCAGGAAGUUCUCAACAUGGCACUUUUACUGGUAAGGAUGGCAUCUCUUGUGGAAAGUCCAUGAUUAGCUCCAUGAGUCUCAUGGGAGGAAGCAGUGGUGCCCCCUUAUAUGACAGAAACCAUGUUACUGGAGCCUCUUCAAGUAGCUCAUCCAGCACUAAAGCCACUUUCUACCCACAGAUCUUGAACCCACCUCCUUCCCCAGCUACCGAUCGCUCCCUGUAUAAUGCAGAGAUGUUUUAUUCCUCAAACAUUCCUUCAACCACGAGAUCUUACAGGCCAUACCUUAUACGAGGGAUAGCUCCACCCACAACUCCAUGCAGCACAGAUGUUUGUGACAGUGACUAUACUACUAGUCGAUGGAAGGCCAACAAAUACUAUAUAGAUUUAAAUUCAGACUCAGACCCUUAUCCCCCUCCACCCACACCUCGCAGUCAGUACAUGUCGGCAGAAGAAAGUUGCCCUCCAUCUCCUGCCACAGAACGAAGCUAUUUUCACCUCUAUCCCCCUCCGCCCUCUCCUUGUACAGACUCCUCCUGACCUCAACAGAAGGAACUUUUCCUGUAAAUAUUUUAAAAUAUGAACAGAUUUAAAAUAUAUAUUUUAUGAUUUAAAAAUAAAUCGGGGUGGGAAUUAAAAAAAAGAAAUGUGAAUAAAAAUGGGUGGGAGGGAUGGGGCUGUGAAAAAUUGUACAGAGGAAAAAUAUUUAUAAAAUUGAUUUUUUUAACUUAAUUUCCAUUCUUUUGUGCCAUAUUUGCCUUUUUGAAGUCAUGAAAAUGACUCAAUCUCCAAAGGAUUUGGGGAGGGAAUGUUGAGCCUUUUUGCAUUUUUUAGUCACCUUUUUACAUGCAAACUGUAUGUAAUUCUUUUUAUUAAUGUGAGACAAGAAAGCAAAGUGGCUUGUGGGAGGAGGAGUCUAAAGAAAGAUGUAAGUUUAUUUACAGAGAAGAAAAACACGUUUAAAUAAAAUUGUCAGUAUCUCAUCCCUUUACCACCACUGGAGAAAACAUGCAAAGAUCACAACCCUCAGAUGCUCCUGUGUGCAAGUGAGCUGAAUGCUUCCCAGCAGAACUUGUAUGCUGAGACCUGGAUUUCAAACCUCCCUCUCUGUUUGCUUAACAUCAAACUGGAAGAACACUUCUUUUGGCCAAACCUUCAGCUUAAGUAGGCCCACAGGCAUCAUGCCCUACCUCAUGUCAGUGCCACUCUGCACAUGGCCAAUUCUGGAACUGAUUCAAGCUAAAAAAGAUAACCAGCCCUAAAGAACUUGGUUUAGCUCCAAUCAGUUGCCCCCUUGGCUGGGUGAAUGGUAGCAGAAGUAGUUGUUUUGACCUGUGGGUGAGAGCAAGGGGCAAGUUUAAAGUGGUAUUUAAGCUAAGAAAAAUGCCUGACAAACUGCAGAUUUGGUCAGACUUACCAUCUUAAUGUGAUGAAACCAAGCUCCUUCAUCCUUCCUUGUGAGGCUUUGAUGACUGUCUGGCAAGAGGCUGUAACAGUCAGCUGCUUCUCAAAAUACAGUGCUAGUUCUCUUUUUCCCAAAAGUCCAGUAAUUCACUGUACCAGGCCUCUGAGAUGUUCACCUGUGUUGACUUGAUCAGAGAAUUGCUUCAUCUCUAAUGUUCCUUUUCCAAAGUGGAAUGAUAUGGUCACUUGUAUUCAUUUAAAUGAGGAAAGUUGUUUGGUUUUUAAUCGGUGUUUGUAGAAAAUGGUAUUUGCAUAGCUCAAAACAAAAACAUCUGCCAUUCAAACAGUUUAGUCAUAUCUCAUACAAAUUUGCCACAAAAUAAGUUCAGGUUUAGGAAUAGACAGAAAAAGCAGAGGGGAGGAAGGAGAGGAGACAAAUACUUUCUAAUUGUGUUGAAAAAAAAAGAUAAAAUCUCAUACAAACUGCUGUAACCUAAGGACAUCAUGAUCAGCAAAGUGCUCAUGUUCCCAACUCCUACCAAAAAAAACCCCUUUGGGAAUUGGGGGGGUAGGAUAAGUCCCUUUCAAAAUACAGAACAUAAUUUUUUGCUUUGAUUGCUCUCUUGCUGUAACAAAAGGGAUUGGGCAUUGUAUGGCACUUUAUAAAUUCAACUCUGGUGAUGACAAUGUGACUGCCUAGUUGGGACAUCUGAGGGAAGUUCUGAAUAUGCAGAUUUGCACCUGUUUCUGCAGCUGCUGAAUAACAGAUGUGUUGGGCCUUUGACAGCCUUAAUAUUAUUGGCAACAAUGAAAACUUUUUUCUUGUUUGAACUGAAAUUGUACUUGGUUUGGGGUCUUUUUAACAAGUUAUUUGAGAGCACAUCAGAGGAACUCUACAACUCCGGGACAGAGGUCUUUGUUGUGGUGGUAGAGGGGCUGGCACCAUAGUGUUCCGAUCCAGUUUGUGUUUUCAGAUUUAUUAGUCCAGAUAUGUUCUUCCUAUCUACAUUAUUCAAAGAUAGGAUUUGUGCUGUCACUGGUGUGUUACUAAAACUCUUAAAAGUAAUUUUUACAACCUUCAUGUCUAAAUUUUCACUUGAGAGACUGAGCACAAAGAAGAUGCCCACCAUUUUUCAUAGAGAAAAAUACAAAAUUGGAGAAUAGAGCAUUGGGAUUUUAAGAAUGGGUUUUUUCCCUGUCCCUUAUCAACAUUAGUAAUUCUGUAGUAUGCCAAGAGGGCAAGGUCAGAGUGUGUUACUCUUAAGAGUGACUUGGCAGAUCUCUGAACAAGUGUUAAUGAUUUGGUAAAACAAAGCAAUUCUCAUGUGAUCAUGUUUCAGUGAACUAAAUUAGGAAUAUAGAUCCACAGGAUAUUUUAUGUACCACAUUGAUCAUGUAAAGGAGUACUUCUUCUGUAUUACAGCAGUUAGUAGUCCAGUUUCAUGUCAUAUGUAAUUUUGUGCAAGAGAACUAUUCACCAUUUAUAAUGAAUUCAUUAGUUUAGUUGUUUUGUGUUACAGUUCUAGCUGAGACAAACUACAUCAAUUUUCUUGUAUUCCUAUGAUGACAUUGGAUGCAAAAUUACAUUGAUUUUUUUUUUCAUUAAAUCCCUGAUCUUUUUAAAGAGCCACAACUGUAACAAUCCUAACAACUUCAUCUGAAGACUUGUAUUCUAUUACGAAGUUUGGAAUCAAGUCCAAGAAAAUUGGCAUUCUUGCUGAGAGCUAAACUGUCUUAAGAGUCAAAUUCUUUUGGAGCUUAGGUAUUCAGAAGUAAGGAAGCACUUGCUGUUGGGGUGAAUUAAGCAUGUACAUUUUUAUUUCAGUUGGACGUUCAUAGCCUCUUGCUGCUGAUGUUUGCUGAAAAAUUGCCUCCUCUGAGGCACUUGAAUUUUGGUGAUCAGAAUCUAAGACACACACUGCUCCAUAAUACUGACUUUAAAAGCCUCUUCUAAAAAGAAAUUGUGUACAAAUUUAGCAUUUUAACAUUUAAAAUUAAAUAUUAUUUUUGAUUGCUGUAGACUAUAUACUUUAAAAGGAUUAGUGUACUCCUGAUGCUAGAAAAGACCAGAAAGAAAAUUUGAGUGACAAGAACUACUUCUCUCCACAAAUAUCUUCAGUGUGUUCUUAGUGGUUUCCAUCCUGUGAACUUUCAGGCUAAAAUGUAGAAAAUAGGUGCUAUUUCCUUCUAGAUCAGGAUGAGAGAAAGAGUUGCAGGGAAAUAGUGAAUGCAUAUGGCAGGUUGUGGCAGUUUGGGGCUGAAUAGGAAAUAAGUGGGGGAAAGUUGUAUUUUGGUGAGGUUUAGGCACAGUUUUAAUAGUGCAAAAGUUUUCUAUGAGAAAGCUGACUGAAAUAUUGUGAGAGUUCUCCCCUGAGAACCGAAAGGGGUUGCGUGAUGGGACUACCUGUGUGAGCUUGUGAGUACUUACUUGAAUCAGUGUUUUCAACCACUAUUUCCCAAGCCCGUUAUGACUGCAUAUUAGCACUUGAAACAGCUCAGGGUGUAAUAUAGAACUGUGUCUGGAGAGCAGCUAGUAACGGGCAAAUGAUAUGGUUGAUUCUAUGUUACAUUUAAAGGACAGAUGUCCUAGCAGAAAGCAGCUUACCUGCCUUCCAGUGCAGUCAUGAAAGCAGCUACUCAGGUUGUCUUCUCUUUUGUAGAAUUUGUCUCAUCUGCAGGACAGAUGUAGCAACAGUGUGAAGCUGUAAGGUAAAUGGACAAGUACAUGAUCUUUGACAGUGAAGUAUUCUUUAAUUUCAAGCAAAAGUUUUGUGUAAAUUACAGCUUGACUUUACUUCAGCUAGACUGGUCAACAGUCACUGCACCCUGAAAUUUGCAAUGGAGCUAAUUUAUUCAUUAUUGCUGGAGGAUUUUAAGGAAACUUCUUUAGCGCUAUCCCAGCAGUCUUGCUGGUUCAGUUUUCUUCUGUCUGGACAGAUCAAUAAAGAGCAUUUAGGCCAAGAUUAAGCUAAAUCUGCAUGUAUGACAAAUAAUGUUUUCUUUAGGAUAGUGUCAUAGUACACAAUGUCCUAUGUCUAAAAAUGGGACUGUGCCAUUAUCAGCAUGUUCUAAAGAGGAAGGCACAAAUGAGUGGAAACAAGUUUCUUCUUCUGGAAUAAUGGGUUUGAUUUUCAGUAAUAAACCUUAAUGUCUCUGGUUUGCAAAGGGUGCAAGCACUUCCCUAAAAGCUCUGAUUCUUUUCAAAGUAACAACAAAAUGGCCUUUUUCCUCAACACGUGUUCUGCAUACCUAGGAUAGGCCUUCUGGAAAUCUCCAGGCCCUUUUAUCCUAGAUCUGUUUUCCAUCUGAUACCUAGAAGGUCAUAUGCUAGAUCUAGGACAAUGUUCUCCCCAUUUUUAUGCCAACUAGUGCCUCUUGGAUUCUGGGGCUUUUGAAAUUCUGAAGCUCUGUGCACAGCAGUGAAAAAGGAUUUGGAAGCAGGAGCAUUCAGUAAGGGCUGGUCACACUGGGCUGAUGUGCCAGUCAGAAGGACGUUCCUCCAUUGCCUGCAGGGUCAGAUCCCUUUGCUAGGGAGAGCUCCUGUGCUACUCUUCAUCAGAGCCUCUGGAGCAUGUUGUACUACUUCAUGAGUGUGGUCAGUCAAACUUCACAAAAGUUGUGUGUCCUGUUUGCUUCAAGCAUUUUCAGAAGCAGAUCUUUCUGAUGUCAGUCAUUUUGUUGGGGUAUAUGUUGAGUCGGUCCAAAUGAGUAGCUGUGCUUAUAAUUGUACUACAAGUGAUAUCCAUUAAUGUCAGGAAAUGAAAACAGAAGGCAAGCAUGUUCCCAAUAAUUAGUAACACACAAGAGUGCCUGGCAUGGAGCCCUGAAUUGCAAGAAACAUUUUCUGUUACAGUGCUGAAGGACAUUUUUUAAAUGUCCAUGUUUGGACAGAGCCUUAGACAAGCCACAGUCAAAGAUGAUAGUUGUUUACAGAUCAGUUAUUCAGUUGUUUCUGUGUUUUUAUUAUGACUCCAUUAUGAAUGAUGAGUACAGUCCUCACCAUAAAUUUGGCUUGUUUCUAGAAGAUUCAGGAAAGUCUGAAUCCUAAAUUCUGAGAGGUGUCUGCUGGUUCUGCUGCUGUUCCCUUAGGUACCGCAACACUUUCUGUGCAUCAUUAAAUGUAAAAACCCCUUUCUUCAGCUAUUAUUGUAAGUUUAGCUAAACAGCUUAUGGUAUUUACUACAUGUUAAAAGAAAUAUUAAUAUACAUAGAAUUUUUCAAUCCUGUCAUGUCUUCUAGCUCUCCUUCCUGAGAACACUUACUCUAGUUUUUGUAAAGGGUAUUUUUCUUUAAUUUGUUUAUUUUGAGGUUGGCCAACUAUGUUGUGGGCCUUUUCACAUAAGAUUGUACUCCCUGGAGGGAAAAAAGGAAAAAUUGGUUUUAAAUCAGUGUUAAGCCUGCUGAUAUGAAUGAUGAAACCCAGUCUGAUACAAAUAGCUUCUGCAUUCCACAACAAAAUCCUUCAAAAUGCUAUGUCCUGAAAUACUGACAGUGCUCCCAGCCACACGUGACAUCAAGCUGCCACAUCCUGGCUGUUCCCAGCAUGAGCCACGACCCUUGUUGCAGCCCACCUCUGGAGUCGGGCUGGGUUCUCUCCAGCCAACACAGAAUCCUGGUGGAUAGAAGACCACAAUGGCAAUUCCUAAAUGGGUCACUUUAUAUUGACAAAGUAUGCGCUGAGAAUGUGCUUAGAAGGACUUAUCAGAAGAGAAAAGCAAGUUUGACAGCUACAGUAAGUGACAGACUAAUUGCCCAGCAUUCACAUCUUUGAAAAGCAAGUAGUCCCGCUGACACACCUUUCUCUAAAUAAGAAUGACGCUACUCCUGUGUCAGCAUUCCCAGGGUAGCUGUGUUUGACUGACAAGGGAAGCAAUAUUCCAGUAUGAUUUGUACAGAGAUCCUGCAGUGUGUAAAUAAGUAUGAAAGUAUUUUGGUUGCGACUACAAACACAAUAGUUAUAAAUGGAAUUCAUCAGCCUACAGAA